AUGGAAAUGAGAACAUGGAAGAUUCUAGCACUUAGUGUUGUUUGGUACGUGGUAUCUUGUUUCACCACUGUUGUGUCGAGGAUAAUACUUUCCCAGGAGAAGCUCCCGUUGUUCUUGGGUCAAUGUCAGUUCUUGAUCACGGGGUCAAUUGCCUUUUGCAUACUUGUUCUUCGACAACGUCGGCAAGCAGAAACAGGCACUAGUAGUAAGGGAGGAGACAAUCAGCGUAUAUUCAAUGGUGUUGCACUUGCUAUGGUUGCCCCAUUGGGUAUUUUCCAGUUUGUAGGGAAAUAUUUUUCACUUCAUUCUGUGCCGUUGAUAUCGUUGGCUACAGCCAAUAGUGUACGAUCCAUGUCUCCUAUACUUGUUGUAAUUGGGUACCGACUUGUGUUUGGAGUCCAUUUCCCUGUUUCCACGUAUCUAUCGUUAGUGCCACUUAUAGGUGGGGUUAUCAUGCUUAUAAGAAGCACCUCUAGUAUGGGACAAGCCACCUCUGCUAAUGAAUUAGAUCCUGCAGAACUAAGGGGUGUGCUUUACUGUUUAGCCAGCUCCAUCACGUUCACGGGUCAAAACAUGUAUACCAAGCUGUUGAUCACCAAUAGGUUUCAACCUCCUAAGGAAUUAGCACUCAACAUCAACAAUACUAAUAGUGUUGAUUUUUCUGACAUAGAAAAGGAUCAUCAUCUUCCCAAAGGACACUCUGGCUCCACAGUUCAAUCGCCAUACAAUGUGACCGUGGAGUCCAAUAGAAGAUUUGGGAACCCAUUGACCUAUUUCACAGCAAACUCAAACUCCAAUGUCCCCAUCCAAUCUCCAGAUAAGAUGACCACCAUAUUGUAUUGUUCGUUGAUUGGGUUUAUCAUAUCACUGGUUGGAGUGCUAGCCAAUGAAAACCCAUGGCACAUAAGUGCUUGGACCAUGUUUCUUAUAGUGGUUGAUUCCAUAUCUCAUUUCAUUCAAAUGUUUCUUCUGAUCUACUUGUUAGAAUCAGUGCCAGCUGUUACAUACCUGAUUUCAUCCAUCAUCAAGCGAAUAGCAGUGUUAAGUUUCAGUUUGUUGAUGUCCGAGUCUCAUCAAUUUGAUUCUUCACAAAUUAGUAGUAAUCAACUCUGGGGGGUUGCACUUGUUGGCAUUGGACUAUAUAGUUAUAGUCAUUGGGGAUCCAAAGCAAAGUAA